AAAGCUCCAAUGCGCCUGAUGGUUACCCUCCGUCAAACAAAAACGAAACUCGAUUAUUAUUCAACUGUUUUUUACAAUUUACGUUUCUAAUUUACUUUGAUUUCUUCUCGAUUGGAAUAUUUUCGUCAAGGCUUGGACAUGGUUAUGGACCAUUCUACUCAUUGUCCUGGCUUAUACUGUGGUCGGAUUCGCAUCAAUGGAAGUUGGGGUGAUUGUGGUGCUUGUCCUCGAGGAUAUAGAGCUGCUGCAAAUUCUAUUUGCCUACCAUGCAGAGACGUCCCAUCUUUUUAUGAAUGGCUCUAUCUAGGUUUCAUGGUUCUAUUACUCUUAGCGCUGGAGUGGUACAUCAUCGAUCAGACUAUGAAAAGACGCAAUUUCACCAAAGAUGUGUUAUCUCUUCAUAUUUGUUCUUUUUUUGAAAAUGCUCUCUCGGCUUUGGCGACUCUUCUUUUGACGGAGCCGAGGGGGGCAUUGGAUAUUCACGCCUGCAAAGUAAAAAGACUGUCCGACUGGUACACCAUGCUUCAUAAUCCCACCCCGAACUAUGUCAAAACUCUGAGGUGUACGCAAGAGGCAGUUUAUCCUUUGUAUUCAAUGGUCUUCAUACAUUAUGCCCUCUCUCUUUUAGCGAUGCUUAUAUUUCGUCCACUUGUGGUGAAUCAACUCUCGGGUGGGAAGAAAUCAAUCUAUCUUACGAUGUAUCUCAUACCAGUACUCGUACUCUUGCAAGCAACGUGCGGAGGCUUAUUGUAUUAUUCAUUUCCGUACAUUAUCGUUAUUCUCACAUUCAUCUCGGUCGCCGCGCACUUAGCCUUUCGAUUAGACCAAUCGAUGAAGUCCUUAUUUUUAACCUCUAUAAAAGAUGUCAGGAAUUUAGUGAUACUCUUAGGACAUUGGUUACUUCAUGCGUAUGGCAUUGUUGCGAUCACUCAGUUGACGAAUCCUGUUUUGCAUGGGUCAUUGCUCACUUUAGUACCACUUCCUACUUUGUUUUACAUUCUCACAUCUAAGUUUACAGAUCCGAGUAAACUGCAUGCAGAUUAAGUUAUUUAGCAAAAUUCAGCCAGGGUGCGUAGCGUUUUUAAAAAGUGCUUAAAGGCACUUAUUUUUCAUUUUUUAAAAGCCUUUGAAGGUGCUUUUUUCAUUGGGUGUUUUUAAAAAGUGCUUAAUUUUCUCUUUUUUAAAAUGAGAUUUUUCCUUUACUAUGUUGAUUUUCGCUUUGAAUUAUGCAAAAAGACACAGUUCACAUUGUUCUAUUCAACGUUUUCACAAUUCAUUCAACCCUAAUCUAUUUUGGUGUAUUGUCAGUUCGUAGCAUAUGGAAACACCAUUCGUUUUACAUGAUUCAGAAUUUCGUGAUUUGUGACAAUUGUCAAAAGCAAUGCCAAAAGGUUCUUUUUCUUUUCGACAUGAUGGUUAAAACAAGAUAAAACCGUCAAUUUUAAAAAACUUUCCGAUCCUGCCUAAUUGUGAUAUUUUAUAAAGUGCUUAAAAAUAUUUUUUUAGUGCUUGAAAAGUGCUUAAAAGGUUCUUAUUUUUGUUUGAAUAUGCUACGCACCCUGACGGAGGAUAUUUCGCAUUGUGAUCUGUCGCACCAACUACAAUUGCCAAAUAGAUAGUCAAACUUGCAAAUUUAAAAAAAAAAUGUGAAGAUGCUUGUCCGGGGUUGGUUACAAUUAUACCUUUUCAGUGGGUCCCUUUCUGUGAUGUUUUUUUUUUUUUAGUUUCUCGUGGGCCACUGCCCGGAAGUCACCGAGACUUGGCAAUUAUUCUGCUGCAGAUCAGUAUACGGAAAUCUCCCCAAAAUACAGUUAGAAAAAGUGAAUAUAUAGUAUGAAAAAUUUUAUUUCAGUGAUUUUUCCUUGCUAACUAGUAUCUGUAUGUAUAUAUGACUGAUACACCUGUUUAAAUAAGAGUUUGGGUUUUUAAUGUCAACAACUUUUUCUAUGGAAUGAUAAACAAAACUAGGAUAAUAAACAAAAUUAUGAUGAUGUCUGAUUUUAUUUUAUAAAAUUAAAUUAAUUUAGGUAAUUUAUAUUUCUUAAUUUAACAAUUACUUUACAAUUUACUACCAUUUAGCGGUUCCUUCACAAAUUCAACUUGAAGAAAAACGGAAAUACUUGUACAAAAUACUUCUUUUAAAAAGGCAAAUUUUCCUCCAUGCCUUUUAAAACUUUGUGGUACAAUUGUCUUUUUUUUAUGAGUUAGCAAUAGUAAAUGAUUGCAUGUUAUAAAUUUAUGUUUAAAUAUAUAUUUCUUUUAUUUAUUGCUAAAAAUAUUCGUCUUUAUUUAGGACUUAUAAAUAUUUAAUUUUUACAAUUACUCGGUAUUAAGCAAGUACAAUAUCAAAACUUGUCUGAAUAUGUUAAUGUUAAAAAUCUGUUAUUUUAUUGCAGUAUACUGUUGUCUCGAUAUGCUAAGUGUGCUGAGUACUUGGUAAAAUACUAAUUAAAAUGAUAUUGUGUCCUA